AGCCAAAAUUUCACCAUUUUUUGGCUUUGGGGUGUGAUGGAAUAAAUCAAAAUGGAUCUCUAAACUGUCUGCGCUUCUUUAAUUAAUGAAGUAGCAGUUAGUCAAGCAAUGCAACUUUCGACGUUGAGCUGGGGGUCUCUUUGGAAAUAGCCUCUCUACUUUCGAGUAGGGGCAAGGAAUGUCAUAGUAAUUGAAGAUGAAGUCAUUGGGUGCUGCACUGAUGACGACGAAAGCAUGGUUAAUUAUCCUCUCUGCCUCUUCCUCUCCUGCAAUUCCCUUCACCAUCUCUAUGUACUUCUGGAACAUGGUCACCUGCUGCGACAUCGGGAUCACUCUAGACGCAAUGGUCGUUAACUCGUCCAAUCCUGACCCCGCCGAGGCAAAACUGACCCCGGUCAGGAGUUCUUCUUCGGGCAGAGAAGCUGGGCAAGGAUUGGCCAAUGCAGGCGUCCAUGGCGAUGAUGAUGAUGAUGGCAGCAGCAGCCAUGGAAACUACUGCGUGGAAGCUGGCCAUGUCUUUGAGAGAGCUCACUCACUCACUCAGGUCCGACCAUGUAUUCUACUGCCGGAUUGGUUGACAACACAACAACAGUGACUAAGAUCGCGUACUUGGAUUCUGAUCAGCAACGACAACGGUGGACUUUGAUCGCGGUGACCGACAACUCCAGCAGACGAACAAUGCAUCAACAACGACCGCUGUCGUUGGCUAUGGCUAGAAAGAUUUAGUCCUCAAUUUAAGACCAACACGAUGGAAGGUAAAAAAGGAAGACUAUUUGU